AUGCUAUCAAUGUUCCGCCAAUUGGCACCCAGAUUAGCUUUUCAAACCAGAACACUCGUUUCAACAACGGUGUUAAUGGCCAAGACCAUUGACGCCGACAAAGCCAAACUCAAGCAGUUGAGACAGUCUUUAAAGGAAGAGAAGGCUGUUUUGGCUAAGUUGAGGUCUCAGCACAAGAAGGUUACCGAUAAGCACAAGCAGCUUCAGUCCAAGAGAAAGGCCGAGGAGGCUGAGAAGAAGACUUUGGCCAAAGCUUUCAAACCUUACAGAAAAGUUACUGGCCUCAAUAUCUUCAUUAAAGAAAAGGUUGGCCACGGUGCCACUAUUGCUACUGUGGGCAAGGAGUGGUCUUACUUGACCGAGUCCGAGAAGGAGGAAUUCCAGAAGAAAGCUGAUGCCGUCAAUCAGGAGAACCUCAAGAUCUGGAAGCCAAAGCCCUCUCCUCCUACCAACCAGUACGCAGCUUUUGUCAAGGAGAAGUGGGUCAACGAUGGCCGUGACUUCAGCGAGAUUUCCAAGGAGUUGGCUUCUCAGUGGAGGUCAUUGACUGACGUGCAAAAGUCUGCCUAUGCUCCAUCCAGUGAGGAGAAGGCCGAGUACACCGAGAAGUUGGAGGCUUGGAAAGCAGAGAGAAUCAAGCUCUACAAGGCCAAGGAGACCGCUGCCUAG